GUGAGGAGGACAUGGACUCCUGUUCGGGUCAUCCAUGCCCGAUCCACCGUGAGUGCGUGGACCAGAAGGCACCGUUAACCGGCUAUACAUGUGCUGCAUGCAGUCCGGGCUACGCCGUGGACCCUGCCGAUGCUCAGCGCUGUGUGAACGUGGACGAGUGUGCUGCGGCUGUGUUGUCGGGAGUGCGCCGCUGCAAGAGUGCCAACAGCUCGUGCGUGGACACCGACGGCUCCUUUGUGUGCAAAUGUGAUUCUGGGUUCACGUCUAGAGCUAGCGGUAGUUGUGUUGAUAUAGACGAAUGCCGGAGUUCCAAUAUAUCCAGUACCGCUGCCGUACCUGCUGUUGGUGUAUGUGAUGCUGAUAAUUCGGUGUGUACAAACACGAGAGGAAGCUACAAGUGUUCCUGUCAGCCCGGCUUUACUGGCACAGGACAAACGGAAACCGGCGGGUGCAUCGAGAUGAAUGCGUGUGUGGUGCACGCAAACCCUUGCAGUCAGGCUGCGCGCUGCUUGACCGCACCCAGGACUGGCCCUGUGUGUCAGUGUCCCGACGGGCAACCAGAGACGCACGACAAGAACUGCCACACGCUUGCUACCCUGGAUCACUUUUCACCGGCCAAGACAACCCUAGACAUACCGCAGGGUAGACGUCUGUUCACCAUGAACUGUACGUUUGUGGGAACCCUGCUCGGCAACGUCAAGUGGACCGGACCGAACGGCCUGGUGACCAACUCUGAGACCUACGCCAUGAACACCUCGACAUUUGGCACGUUGGCAACCGGUGUCCUCACCAUUAUCAACAUCACCAACGCUGUCAACGGAGAGUAUCGCUGCAAGGCAACCACGUCUCGUGGCGUCACCGAGGCAGUGCGCAUCGUCAAAGUUACCACAGGUGGUGGUGGCGGUAGCAGCUCCAGCUCCUUGAACAACACGUUCAUCAUCGGUGGACUCGCUGUCGUCAUGGCGGUGGUGGUUGCCGUUGUCGUCUUCCUGGCCCGGAAAAGGUUCUUGCAGCACAAGUACUCCUCCGCCUCCAUUAUAAUCAAUGCACCGCCAGAUUCGGUUGGAGUCACGCCAGCCAUAGAGCUACGCCAGGAGCCACAGGCGCCAGCAGUAGAGUCGGGAGACUCCAAGGACGAGGGGUACACUUCGUAUAACACCUGGGAUGAGAAGAUCGAGAUGCCCAGCAGCAACAACUCUCGUGCCAGUCGCAAGGGUCGCUCCAGUCAGCGAAGCAACAAGAACCAGCAGCGCGCCAACCAGCGCAAGCAGAACUCCGCCGUGACAGCACUAUCAGGAGGUGCCCAGCUGGAGCACUCCGACACAAUGCCUUGCGAGGAUGACAUGGACAAUAUAUCAAUUGCGGACCCUAACAGCAUUCGCCGCGUCUCCGUGAUGUCAUCAGUGGACCUCGGAAACGGCCCGGAUAUGGAUAUGCCCAUGGACGGACCGACCCUGGCAGUGCAUCCCGGCACAUUCAUUCCCCAGCAGCAGUUUCAGCCGCAGCAACCUGUCAAGUCUGUGAAUAGGAAGCGUUCCCAGCACGGCGCAAACCCACAGCAGCCCCAGAAUCCGCAGCAGCCACCGCCCGGCAUCGGUCCGCAGAUGUCUAUCAACCGGAGGCGCUCCCAGCACGGUGCGAAUCCGCAGCAGCUCCAGAAUAUUAUGAACCAACAGCAGCCCCUGAAUGUAAUGAGCAGACAGCAGUCGCAGCACGGCAUGAACCGGAAACAGUCCCAGCACGGUGUGAGCCAACAGCAGAUCCAGAAUGGUAUGAACCGACAGCAGUUACAGCACGGUAUGAACAGACAGCAGUCACAACACGGCAUGAAUCGAAAACAGUCCCAGCAUGGCGUGACCCAGCAGCAGGCUCAGCGCGUCAUGCACCCACAGCAGUCCCAGCGCGGAAUGCACCCGCAGCAGCCCCAGCGCGGAAUGCACCCGCAGCAGUCCCAGCGUGGAAUGCACCCGCAGCAGUCCCAGCGUGGAAUGCACCCGCAGCAGUCCCAGCGCGGAAUGCACCCGCAGCAGUCCCAGCGUGGAAUGCACCCGCAGCAAAUUCCCAACGGGCAGCAGCGUGCCUCCCAGCAUGGCAUGCACCCGCAGCAGUCCGUUAACCGGCAACAGCGCGCGCCCCAACACGGCAUGAAUCCGCAGCAAGCUGCUAACCGACACCCCCAGCAAGACAUGAACCUCCAGCAAGGCGCUGGCAGUGCCGGUAAUGUCCAGUUUGUCAACAUUCCUCCUGGCGCCGAACACAUGCACACUGAUGUAAGCUACGACACGUCACUGCAUACCAGUGACUGGCCCGAAGACGCAAGCAAUGCGGCGGCGUUGAGCUCGACUUACAUGUCUCCCGUGGUCGCCUGCGGUUGGGGUGACGACCAAGCGCCGGAGUCGGCCAUGCCUGCCCCACCUGUGCCAGAGCACCGUCCUGCCGCGGCCAGAGUGAGCUAUGAUGCCGGAGUGCACCUCAUGGAAGACCUGCCACCGCCACCGCCGGCCGGAGAAGACGGCCAAAUAAGCUAUGAAGCGUUUGAGCUGGAACCGGUGCAGCCGCAGGUACACCAGACGUCGAUAAGGCGAUCGCAUCUUCAGACCCAGUACUCUACGGUCAGUACGCAGGGAGGCAACGCCACCCAAGCUCCGCCCCAAGCGGUGCCGAUGAUCCAAGAACCGCCCCCGUCCCAGGAAAGCAGUCUCAACUUCGUCGCCGGCUUUGGACAGCCGCGCAAGAACUCCUUGCGCCACAAAGCACCGCAGGAUGACUUUGAGUGGACGUAAGCAGGGCACGUGCAGUGAACUGUGUUAUGCAGAUGCCAUGACGAUCUCUCGACCUGGACCUCUUGUUUACAAUUGUGCGUCGCACCCCGUGGUCCGGUUACUAUAGUUACACUUCAGACCGAAUAAAAUAUUUUCUUUUUGCUCUCGGAUAAGGUUCCUUAGCCGUUGUGUGCACGCAGGCAGGCCGACACACCGAAGUGGACCCAGUUGAGUUGACAAGCAAUGCACAACUGCCUGGGGCUGGCUUGACAAGUUACUGCUGAACGUUUGGUGCUCAGCCGGCAUGGUGGCGCGGGUCAUCUCUGGCCAGACGGUGCCUGCCAGUCUCCUGACAGUGUUGUGAUAGCGGAGCAUCGCGAGCUGCUGUGUUGUGCGUAACGUUGUGAGAAUAAGUACUCCUGCUGCUGGAAAAGCAAGCCGGCAAUCAAGAUGGUUUCCACAUCCGCACAUCCGCUCGAGCGCUUGCGGGUAUUGCCGCAUGUGGGGCGGGCUGUGACAUGGCGACGUUUUCGUACGCGGCCCACGAGAACACAUUGCUUUGUCGACACUUGCACUUCACUAUUCGCGUCAUGAUGGGGAGGUGGAAGAGAGACUGGCCGGCCCGAGUGGAACUGACAGAUUCCCCUGAUCAAUGCAACAUUCAAUCACACUGCCUUUUUUAAUAGUAUUAUUUAUCUACCAUUAGUUUUAUCUUGGUUCUGCUCUCUCCGUUUGCUUGGCUAUCGUGUGUGUGUGUGUGUGUGUGUGUGUGUGUGUGUGUGUGUGUGUGUGUGCGUGUGUGCGUGUGUGUGUGCAUGUCACCAGUCUUGUCCAAGAAGGGUGUCCACCUCGGUGUGUCAGUGCUAGUUUUGUCCCUGUUGUUGUUGUUGUUGUUGCUUUUGGAGCAACUUGUUUAAAGCCUACUAUCCCGUACACAGAGUACAACGCUUCGUGCAUGUCUGCUGUGUUUGUCUGCUGUGUUUGCUUCAUUAACACACCCCGUAUGUUGCUAUGUUUUACAAUGAUUUUAGAGGAAAUUGGUGUUUUCGACGGCUGAUUUUGUUUGCUGAUUGCUGCUGCUGUAAGAGAAUCUUCCCUCCUUCCCCUCCCUCCCCCGCCCCCUCCCUCGACCAUCUCUGUGUGUGGCUAUGGCAAUGGUUCCCCUGGCAACUGUGCCUUCGAAUUCAAUAUUCGAACGCAACGGGUGUGUGUUGUGUGCUGCUGCUGUUCAGAUCUAGAUCUCCUGGGCAAUGCUUGGUUCAGCGGUAUCUAUAUGACUAUGUCCCUACAUACGGUUUGAGGAGAGAGAGGUUUCAUUCUUAUUCCUGCGUUUCGUUUCUUCGUUCUUCAUUCUCUCCUUGCUACACUGCGAUGUGUGUGCGCGCGCUGUGCUCUUCUGCGCGUCGUUCAUACAUUCAUUCUCCCGUACACUGGAAACUGUCAGUCUAGGGUUCUGCAACAUUACACAAGGCCUUUUGCCUUACCCCCAUUGGCCGACCUUCUAUUCUCGGUGUAUUCAUUGUCAGGGGCGUCACAAGGCAGUGUGGAGUGGUACA